AUGGGUGGGGUGGCCAGACAUUACAAUCAGACCCGCGCCAACGUUGGUACCCUCAGAGAGCAACUCCGGGAGUGCAAGCAACUGCUGCAAAGCGGCUCGAGCCAGACCGACGUUCGGGAACUGUGGCAGCGCAAACUUCAGUAUUCCCUUGUUCUACGGCUGCUGAACGCUCUUGAUAUGAUCAAGGAUGCUCCUGUCAAGUUCGAGCGCUUGGUUCGCCAAAAGAGGUUUGUCGGCGCUGUUGGUCUGUUGAACGAGUCUCUGUUGAACAUUUUCAGCGCCGAGUUGGUCGAUGUUCCGGCAGUGGCCAGUGUGCGGGAUGAAAUGCUUGCGCAAAAGGGAAGGAUACUUGAUACGUUGGUGGAGGAAAUCGCCGACGUGUUGUUCCUCCGAGCUGCAGCUGCUCAAGUAAGUGCGGCGGACAAAGCGCGUGGAGUCGCCAAGAGUAGGAGGAGAAGGGAGCGAGGUGGAGCGAGCGGAGCGUCGAUGGAAGAUUCCACGGGCAAUGCCCUGUCUCGCGGGCAGGGCACCGUCGCUGUAGGGGGUGCUGGGGUCCCAUCUGAUGCUGCCUCGGAGUCUAGUGCCGGCGGAGGGGAUGCUUCAGGAACAUUGUGGGCAGGCAUCCAAGUGGAUGUGACAGAUGUGGGAGACCACGAGGAGCAGGCACUUGAUGAUCCAUCGCAGGAGUUGAGCGUGUACCUGCGGCUACUGGUCGAGGCUGUUCGUCGUCUUAGGUGUCUGGACGACGUCGAAAGAUAUCUACUGGAGAGACUGCCGAAUGAGGUGUUGACUCUGAGUGCCACACACAUGCGCACGUGCGUGGGAAAGCACGACGAGAUCAAUGUAGCUUCACGCGGGACGGCUUUCAACAGCAAAAGCAAAAGUGACGGGUUGGGUGCCCGCGGUCAGAAUUUGACGCAGUACCUAAGUCUCGUGUUUGACUCGUUCACAUCCGUGCUGGCGAACCUGAUCCGCCUUGUUCGACUGCUCCAUGCCGCCCGACUCCGGGACCUCCGCGAGCACGACUCUGGGGCUCCUGUAUUCGAGGCAGAUGCAUCUUACAAGGAUUCGCUUGUAGUGGGAGUAUGGCAGCACAUCCAGGCGCACCUCGUCGACGUCCUCACGAGACACGUCUCAAGACCAGAAGAUGGGGACAUGGGCGUAGACACGAACAAGACAGAUGCUGGAGGAGCGCAGAACAGCAGGCUCGGUCCUAGCCCGUCGGGCGUCGAACCGACCAACAUCCCUUCGUCCGUCCCGUACUUCCGCCCUCUGAGGCGUCCCGAGUCAUCCUCUACAGGGUUGGCCAGCACAGCCACGGUGAUGGAACUGAAUAACGUGAGCGCUGCGGACUACUGCAGCUCCCGUGUGCUGGCGGAUCCUUCACCCAUGGUCAUAAUAAGCAUAUUCCGCCCAACGCUCAAGUUUGUGGAGGCCGAAGAGAUGCUAGGAGAUCACGACUGGUGCUUCCCGGCAUCAAUGGCCUCUGGAUCACAAGGCGUUGCAAAACUCAGUUCUGCUGACGGCAGCGCUGCAUCGCGUGAGCGCGUAGCCGGCAGCGUGGGUGCACUUCGUCCGAGCAGAGGUGCAGAGGACGUUUACGCGCAAGCGCGCACGCUGUUCAGAGCUAUGGUACAGAUGCCACAUUAUGCGGAGGAGAUUGGUGAGAUUCUGCGCACAAGCUUGGAGGACUUCUUCGCGCUGGUUCAGAAUAAGUUCCAGGAUAUCAUCGUCAACAGCGCAUCUCGAUCGCGAUUGGAGCGUUUCAGCGACAAGCUACGGGAUCUGAUCCGGAGGGAUGCACAAUACCUUACGUACAAGACCCUCGUCUAUGGUGGAUUGCUGCGGUGGGAUGAGAGCGAGGUGGACGACGUGCUGUCUUUGAAAGGGCGGCACUCGCUGGGUGGUGGACCUACGAAGGGUGUUGAGCGUGACACUCGGAGGGGGAGAGAAGGGAAUCUCGAAGUAUCUGGCCAGGAGGAGGCCGACGAUAUUUUCGAGAGCGAAUUCACGAUGCUCCAAGACCUGUGGAAGUUUGACAGCGUUCCUUUCUCAGUGACGAAGCAGAGUCUUCUCUCGUUGCGAAAGCAACAGGCUGUUGCCUGCUUGGCGUUCAGCUGCGAUUGGUUAUCACACAAGGUUCUCAAGGUUUGUGUCGCGAUCAAGCAUCAGUCUUCUACUGAUGACCCUUCCUCCGGCCUAGGAGAACAACUUGGCUCCCCUUCCAGAACUGUCGAUGCUGAGCGCCGUAUGUCGAGUACACCAGGGAACGCAACGGCACCAGCGCAAAAACUGCGGCUAAUCGGGCGAAAACUGUCACAGCUCGCAGAUGACAGCCUCCUCUGUCUUCGCCUCGAGGUGUACAUGUUGGUAAGCUUCUACAUGCAACAACUCCCAUCUAUCAAUCUGGAGGUGACGAGCGGGCAAGGGUCCACCACAGCGAUGAGCCUUGGGAGCGUCGAAGACCAAUGCGUGGUGACACUUAAUCGGUGUAUUCGCGAGGAGCAAGAGGCUCUCAGCCCGUUUGAGCCAAAGGGCAGCAUGGCUCUACUCUGUCCUAGAGAGCUUCUUGCUUUCGUACUGGCACCGCUGCCCCGUCUUCUUCCCCGUCUGUUCGUCCGCUCGUUUAUUUUCCUCAAGACGAAGACUGUAACAGUUGGCGGGGUCGGGAAGUUGAACAAAAUUCUGAACACUCUCGAGCAGACUGUGGGAGAUGUCACGGACGACCACAAGACUAGGAUUCAAGAAGAGGGUGCGGCAGCUGAUGUACCCGGAAGUGGAACCCAAGCGCCGACGGGCGUAGUCGGAGAGAGAUUUGGAUGGGCCCGUCAAUACGUGGCGUUGAUGAGCAUGACGCAAGGCGAGUUGGAGUCGUUCAUCAGGAAAAACCGCACAAAAUUCAGCAAGGAAGAAUACCGAAGAGUUUGGUCUCUGUCUGGCCCAAAUCGACGGACAGAGGACGAGCAAAAAUUUGAUGUUUGGUGGGUGUCUUGACAUGCUGAAUUGUCAAAGUGUGUGCGCGCGGGCUGGAGUAUUGAUACUGUUUUUUGCAAAAAGACUUGCGUUAAUUUUUGGGUCUGCUUUCGCUUGAGAAUAGUCCUGGAUUUUUGCGUCAUUUUCCUGCAAGAGAAUUGUGCAGCAGCAGCACCACCACCCUGACUGAGAGUGUAUCUCAGCAUCUGCUUACAGAUAAAUGAGUGGCUUUUGCUCGGCCUAUACUGCGAAGUUUUUUGUCCCUCGUAUGUGGUGUGACUUGUGCUGUAAUUUUGCGAAUGUUUCGGUACCGCACACGUACAUUAUGGCGCGCUUUGCGAACUCAGCAGCGACAGCAGCUGCGCUUCUCAAUCGUGUAGCAUCACUUCCCCCUGCUGUAACAUUUUAUGCCGGAAGGAGUGGGCAAUGUCGGGCGUGAGCCGUUUUACUGCUGUGAAGUGUGUGAUG